AUGUAUCAUCAUCUCCUGCAAGGCUGCCGACUCCAGAGCUCACACAGUGCUGGACGCGCCGCGACGAGUCGGAGGGGAAAGAUCAAGAUGGAGGCGGCCGCCUCGAAUCCGUCGAGCAAGAGGAUCGCCCUGGUCACCGGGGGGAACAAAGGGGUCGGGCUGGAGACGUGCAGGCAGCUCGCGUCCAAGGGGCUCAAGGUCGUGCUAACGGCGAGGAACGCGGCGAGGGGGCUGGAGGCGGUGGAAGACGUCAGGCGCUCCGGUGCUGACGCUGUUUUCCAUCAGUUGGAUGUCACCGACCCUAACAGCGUCGCCCGGCUGGCAGAUUUCGUCAGGGAUCAGUUCGGGAAGCUCGAUAUCCUGAUAAACAAUGCAGGCAUUUCAGGCGUUGAUCGAGAUCCAGUUCUGGUUGCGAAAGUUAAAGAACAGGUUGAAAGCAUGGAUGUAGAUCAGAGAGUUCAAUGGAUGAAAGAAAAUUCCAAGGAGACAUAUGAGGAAGCAAAAGAAUGCAUGAGAACAAACUACUAUGGGGCAAAGCUUGUCACAGAGGCACUACUUCCUCUUCUUCAGUUGUCCUCCUCUGGGAGAAUUGUCAAUGUCUCAUCAGGUUUUUCACUGCUAAGAAACUUCAACAGUGAAGAACUGAAGAAUGAGUUUAACGACGUCGACAACCUUACUGAAAAGAGACUAGAGGAGCUGUUGGAUUCAUUCCUAGAAGAUUUCAAGGCCAAUUUGAUAGAGGCACAUGGGUGGCCGACCGGUGGCUCGUCAGCGUACAAAGUCGCCAAAGCUGCCCUCAAUGCUUACACAAGGAUUCUCGCCAAGAAGUACCCUAGGAUGCGCAUCAACUGUUUGACGCCUGGUUAUGUCAAGAGCGACAUGUCGAUGCACAUGGGAGUUUUGACGCCUGAGGAGGGCGCUAGCAACCCGGUGAAGGUCGCUCUCUUGCCCGACGAUGGCCCGACGGGUGCUUAUUUUGAUAGGGAUGGCGUGGCCUCGUUUGUGUGA